AUGCCAUCCCAAGAAGCCGCCAUACUCGCCGACUUUCUCCUCGCUCCCGCCGCUCUGAACAACUUCCUGACACUGGACGAAUUCACCAACAUUCUACCCCGCUCCCAACGCGAGAACCCAGCCGUGAAAUUACUAUACCGCGAGCUUCAGCGCCUACGGAAUGAAGACAUAGAGGCUGUCCGCAGUAACAUAGCGGACGAGGUCAAGAAGUCCCGACCCCUCAAACGAGAGUGCAUUCGAGCACGGCGACAAGAUGAUCACAGUGCUGUAGCUGGACUAGAUCCGGUGGCUUUGGAUAUGGAGGAGGAGCUUUCCGGCUAUCACCAGCACAGAAAGCAACAUACACUGCAGACAGUCCACGCGGCCAUGGAGGAUGCGGCCAAGAGCAUUGAGACACAAGUACAGGAGAUGGAGAAGGACAUUCAAGAAGCGUUGGAUGAGAUACAGAAUGCUGUCGGCGAACUCAGCGACUUGCGCUAUGGAACAUUUCCCAAGACUGUAGGAGGAGGGAACAUUGGUGAAGAGGUGUUGACUACACUCAAAAGACUGGAGGCAGCAUGCACACAUCCCGCUGGUUGA